AUGGAGACCGAGGGCUCCGGCGCGCAGCGGGCGGGCAGCUCCCAGUGGUCCGCGUUCCCCGAGGCGCCGCAGGAGUCGACCGUGUCGCGCAGCCCCCGCCGGUCCACGCCGCCGUCCUCCGGCCUGUCCACCGCCUCCAGCGAGGGCGUCCCCCGCUCCGGCCAGCCCCGCCGCGGCACCCCGCCGCCCGAGCCGCAGCUGCUGCCCCUGCGGCCCACGUCGCUGCGCACCCAGGACAUCUCGUACGUGCUGACCCGGGUCUUCCGCGACCUGUACUCGGCCGAGGUGAUCGGCGAGCACCGCUGCGCCAACCUCAUCAAGGGCCGCGGCAGCGACGAUGAGCACCACGAGCGCUUCGUGGACGCGCUGCAGCAGAUUCGAGAGGUCUACAAGAAGCGACUGGAUGAGGCCGAGAUGCUGGAGAGGCACAUCAUUCAGGCCCGCGCUCGGGCCUUGGCGGAGGAGGAGCGGGUCAUGCGCCAGGCAGAAGCCCACGCUAGAGAAGCUUUGAACACUGUCCAGUUGCCCCCAGUCAAGUCCGUGUUCCGAUGGUGUGUGGACAGCGAGCUACUGCAGAAACAUCACUUGAUCAGCCCGGAAGAUUACUGUAGUGACCCAGUGCCAUUUUGCCGGGCACCUAAAGGUAGUGUCCUCCCCGGAUAUCAAAAACCGACGUUCAGUUCUGAGAAGCGUGCUGUCCCGGAUAAAGAGCUGACCGGGUUAAGAGUUUUGAGCGCGAAGAAGCGUGCCGGUGCUGAGGAGUUAGAUUUGAGUUUGGACACUUUGACGUUGGACUUGUCUCUCCAGGCUGAACAACGGACUAAAAAAGCGGUCAAGAAACCAGGGCCGCCAAAGAACAAAAACUGGAUGAACCACUUAGGUGUGCGGCAGAGAGAACUGGAGCGACUUCUGCUUGCCCGAAUGGAGAGUCAAAACCGCUUCCUCAGAAACCCUCGGUACUUCCCGCCGAACACGCCAUAUGGAGGCAAGUCUCUUGUUUUCGCUCCAAAGACACCGAGACAGAAGGGAGAAUUCCAGGGUGCCGUGUCAGAACAGAGUGAUGGUGGUACUCCAGUGUUCGUAGCCAACCCACCCGUUGCAUUUUUCACAAAUUAUGAAAUCGGACCAGUUUAUGAGAUGGUCAUUGCUCUGCAGAAUACUUCUUCCACCAGCCGCUGCCUUCGAGUGCUCCCGCCUUCUACUCCAUACUUUGCCCUGGGAUUAGGGAUGUUCCCAGGCACAGGGGGCAUGGUGGCCCCUGGGAUGACCUGCCAGUACAUUGUCCAGUUUGCACCGGACUGCCUUGGGGAUUUUGAUGAUUGUAUUUUAGUGGACACCCAGGCAACCCAGCCGCUCCGGAUUCCCCUGCGGGCCCGGAGGCCACCCCCAGUGCUGACAUUACCACAGGUAUUGGACUGCGGUUACUGCCUCAUCGGGGGACUGAAGGUAACCAGAUUCGUCUGCAGAAACGUGGGUUUCAGUGGUGGCAAGUUCUGCAUUAUGCCCAAAAGGAGCUGGCCACCGCCGAGUUACAGGGCCGUGGUGACCUCGGGCUUUGUUGAGCAACCUCCCUUCGGAAUCCUGCCGUCAGUGUUUGAGUUGGCCCCAAGACAGGCUGUACUAAUAGAGGUCAUCUUCUUUCCAGAGAGCCUCGAAAAGGCAGAGCAGACUUUCGUCAUCACGUGUGACAACUGCCAGAUGAAGGAGCUGGUGACGAUAGGAUGCGGGCAGCUGGCUGCUCUGGGUCUGAUCUAUGUGUCUGGCGAGAAAAGUCAUCCAGAGCCUGGAGAGCUGACAGACCUGACAGCCCAGCACUUCAUACGCUUUGAACCUGAAAACCUUCGGUCCACCGCUAAGAAACAGCUGAUCAUUAGGAACAUUACGCAUGUGGAGCUGCCCUUCCACUGGCAGACCGUGAAGCCCAACCUGCAGUGCCUGAUGCCAGGGGAGCCCUAUGACCUGGAGAGCAUCCAGUGUCACCCUGACCUGGACACGGCCUUCUCCAUCCUCCCUGAAAGAGGGGUGCUUGGGCCGCAUAUGGACCAUGAGUUCAUCCUGCAUUUCUCUCCUCAUAAGCCGAGAGGUUCCCACAGCGUGCUCCAGAUGGUGCUAGAGAGCGUCCUGGAGCCUGUAAGUUCAGAGAUACAGGACCUGGAUGACAUCCUGUUACCUGCAGCUAACGUGAUUGUUCUGGAAAUUGAGGUGAAAGGCUCUGUGGCCCCUUUCCAAGUUCUCCUAGAGCCAUACGCCCUCAUCAUCCCAGGAGAAAACUACAUCGGCACAAACGUAAAGAAAGAUUUUAAGAUGUGGAACAACAGCAAAUCACCCAUCAGAUACACGUGGGAGAAGAUCAGUGACUGCCACAUCGUUGAAGUGGAGCCCUGUGCCGGGGUCAUAGAGCCCAACGAGGUUGGAGACUUUGAGGUGAGCUUUACUGGGGGUGCUCCCGGUGCAGCCAGCCAGGAUUUGCUGUGUGAAAUCCAGGACUCGCCCUCGCCUGUGGUGCUGCACAUUGAGGCAGCCUUUAAGGGACCCGCAGUCGUCAUCAACGUCUCAGCCCUUCAGUUGGGUUUGCUGCGCCUGGGACAGAAAGUCACACAGUCCAUCCAGAUCCAGAAUGUCAGCCAGCUGCCGGCCACGUGGCGCAUGCAGGAGAGCAGGGUCUGCCUGGAGGAAAGACUCGAGAGUGAGUCUCCCUUGGACAUCGAGCCCCCGAGCGGCCAACUUCUCCCUCUGGGGCAGUGCACAGUGGACGUCACCUUCACAGCCUCACUGUGCAGGAGCCUGCGGACAGUCCUGGAGCUGGAGGUGGAGAACGGGCCCUGGAGCCACCUACCCGUGUAUGCUGAGGUGCAGAAGCCCUACGUGUACCUCAAGAGCAGCCACUUAGAAGUCACCAACCUCUACGUGGGUGUGCCCACGCACGUGGCCAUCACCCUCAUCAACGGUACACUCCUGCCCUCCCAGUUCCAGUGGGACAAGCUCCUGGGGCACCAAGCAGACCUCUGCACGGUGACUGUCUCCCCCGAGUGUGGCGUGCUGGGUCCCAGUGAGGAACUCUCCCUGGACCUGGAGUUGACUACCCACACCCAGGAAGAGCUGACUAGUCUGGCCCUCCUGUGUCAUGUGUCAGGCAUGCAGAAGCCCGUGGCCUUGGCCAUUUCUGGGAAGGCGCAGGGACUGCAGGUGUCCAUUGCCAUCGCUGUAGAGAGCCCUCCCAGCAGCACAGAGCAGUGGCCCGGCCGCCUGGAGGAGCUCCGCCUGGACUUCGGCUCAUCAGUGCCACUCAGGACUCAAGUCAACGGCCAGCUCAUCUUGACCAAUCAUUCCCCGAUACAGACCCCUUUCACCCUCAAUUUUGAGUACUUUGGGAGCGCCCAAAGCAGCCUGAACAAAAAGGCCAGCAUACCUGACAUGGCCCCUGCCCUGCUGAGGACAGCGAGGAUUCGAGAGCAACUGGCCAAGCGAGAGGAAGUAGAUUUUAUGGAAAGCAUGCUGGCUCAUGGGAAGGGAGCGGCCUUUUCCCCACACAUUUCCCAGGGCAUCCUGGGAGCCCACCAGCGGCUCAGCAUUGGUAUCGCAGCCUGUGCCAACAUGUGGGGCGAGUACUGGGACAACCUCGUCUGCCUGGUGGGAGACCUACCUCCAGCCAUCAUCCCCGUGCACAUGGCUGUGGCGGGCUGCCCCAUCAGCUCCCAAAGGACCCCCUACACCGCUGGCCAGGCUCACAAGGAGCCCAUCAUCAGGUUUGGCACUCUGCUCUCUGGAGGAAAUGCUGUCACCCGAGUCAUUCGUCUGCAUAACUCCAGCCCAUGUGACAUCCGCCUGGACUGGCAGACCUACGUUCCAGAAGAAAAGGAGGAUCGGCUGCUGGAACUGCUGGUGUUUUAUGGGCCGCCCUUCCCGCUGCGAGACCAAGAGGGGAACGAGAUAGUGUGCCCCGAGACCCCCGAGACCAGCUCUCCCUGGUCCCCAUGUCUCUCCGGGAUCUCUGGGCAGGAUGCUGCCCAGUCUGACGAGAACAGUGACCGCCACAGAGCCCCCCAGAAGAUCAUCUCAGUCAUACUGCAGGAGCACAGCGGGGUUCCCUCAGAGCACCUCUACUCUCUCAGCCCCAAGCAGCUGGUGGUCCCUGCUAGGGACAGUAGGACCGUCUGCGUCUCCUUCACACCCAUGGUCCUCAGCCCGGACGUCCUGAACAAGGUGGAGUGUACCGGCUACGCCCUGGGCUUCAUGAGCUUGGACAGCGAGGUGGAGAGGGACAUUCCACAGAGGAGGAGGCGCCUUCAGGACUUUGCAGUGGGACCCCUGAGACUCGACCUGCAUGGUUGUGUGAGGUCUGCACGGCUAAGUGUGGAGCUGGACUACGACGGGGGCAUGACAUUCUACUGUCAAGCCAGUGACCUCAUCCCAGAAGAGCCGCACACUGGGGUGCUGCGGGAGCUGGUGUCCACUCACCACCUGAAGCUGAACAACCCCGCAGAGAUCCCGCACGGCUUCCGGCUCCGGGUCUCCGCACCCUUCUCGGCUUCUCCUGGUGAGGCUGGCUUCAGAGCACCCGUCCCGGAGCACAGGGAGGAGGAAGAGGAGGAGGAAGGAGCCAGAACGAGCGGGCUGCUGGUGCUCCGCCCUCGGGAGAACAUGCUGGUGAACGUGUCCUUCUCGCUGUCACGGGAGCUGCUCUACCCGAAGCUGCCAGCUGACCAGAUGCUGACUGGAGUGCAGGUCCGGCAGAGCGCGAGCGGGGAGAGAGAGGUGGUGUUCACACAGGACCUGCUCCUGGAGUACACCAACCAGACCACCCAGGUGGUGCCCCUGCGGGCUGUGGUGGCCGUGCCCGAGCUGCAGGUGUCCACCAGCUGGGUGGACUUCGGAACCUGUGUUGUGAACCAGCAGCAGGUGCGGGAAGUCCACCUGAUGAACCUGAGCUGCUGCCGGAGUUACUGGACGGUGCUGAUGGGCGAGGAAGAGCCAGCCAGGAGCACCACAGCCUUCCAGGUCUCCCCCAACAGCGGGAUGCUGGAAGCACGGCCAGUCAAUGCACCCCCACCCACUGUCACUCUGCAGGUCACCUUCACAGCGAGGAGCAAUGAGCUGUACGAAUCCACGCUGGUGGUGGACGGAGUGCUGGGCGAGAAGGCCUGCGCCCUGUGGCUCCGGGGCAAGGGCUUCGAGGACAAGCAAUAUGUCACCUCCCUGGCCUCCCCCAGAUCUGUGGCUUCCCCCCAGUCCCUGGCCCCAGGCCCCCAGCUUUGGAAAAAAUAA